ACCGCAAGUGGUGAAAAACGGAGACUCGUCGCUUCUUUUGCAUUUCUUUGCCUUCUUUCAAGCUUGAACUGGCACCACAGAAUUUCCUUUUUGUCUGUAUCGAAAAUUCCUCUUCAAGAUUCACCAUUCAAUUCCUGAUUCAGAAGAGCUCGUCAUUCUACAGUCAUGGAUGCACUCAAGGCUUGUAAUGCUAUCCCAGCUUCGAAUUUCCAAAGAUUGACGAAUCCGUCAGCUUUGAUGUCGACGUGGGUGUUGACGAAACCCAAAAGGGUCACACUGUGUUUGGCCAAUUCUUGCGUCCAAAACAGGGCUCGUUUCUUCUUUCGUUGCUCGAGAAAACCAGGUACUGAGACGAAUAACGAGACUGGCAGUGAAUCCGUCGCUGAUCCCGAUUCUGUUUCAGAGUGCGAAGAGACGUCGGAAUCGGAAUCUGGCACAAGCGAAGCGUUUUCUUCUCCUUCUUCGCCAUUACCUUCUUCAUCUAGAGGAUUAGUCUUUGAUUUGGGUUCUUCAAAUUCGUGGGAUAGUGCAGAUAUUGGAUGGCCGGUCGUGAAGAGGUUUCUUAGCGAUGACGAAGAGAGGUGGUACAUGUGGUAUUAUGGGAAGUCUAAUGAGAACCCACCUUCUGACUCGAUUGGAUUAGCGAUUUCAAGCAAUGGGGUUCACUGGGAGAGAGGGGGAGGAAUUGCUGAAGCGAGUUCCGAAGUGGGCAGUGUGAUGAAUUGUGGUAAAGAUUGGUGGUCAUUUGAUACAGAAGGCAUUAGGCCUUCCGAGGUUUUGGUAAUGUCUAGUUCAAGGUUUAGAUCAUCUAAUCCUGUUUAUUGGCUUUACUACACUGGAUAUAGCUCUGAGAAAAUAGAGUUCUUUGAUAAUUCUUUGAAAUUCAUUUUGGAAAACCCAGAUGGGUAUUGCACUAGUAAUGUAGAAAGUCAAGAAAAUAGAACAAGUCGGGGGAUGUUGAAGUCCUUGCCUGGUUUGUGCAUAAGCCAAGACGGGAGGCAUUGGGCUAGAAUUGAAGGGGCUCAUCACAGUGGAGCCUUGUUUGAUGUUGGGUCUGAGGGAGAAUGGGAUUCUUUGUUUAUUUCUUCUCCACAGGUAGUUGUCCAUAGCAGUAGUGACCUGAGGAUGUACUACCAUUCAUUUGAUGUAGAUAAAGGGCACUAUGCUAUUGGGAUUGCCAGGUCAAGAGAUGGAAUCAGGUGGCUGAAGUUGGGGAAGAUAAUGGGAGGAGGGAAAGCUGGUUCUUUCGACGAACUUGGAGUGAUGAAUCCUUGUGUAGCAAGAAACAGGAAGGAUGGGGACUAUGUGAUGGCAUAUGAAGGUAUUGCUGCUGAUGGAAGGAGGAGUAUUGGUGUGGCUGUGUCUCCUGAUGGAUUGAAACAAUGGGUGAGACUUCAAGACAAAGCGCUUCUACAGCCAGCAGAGAAAGGUUGUUGGGAUGAUAAAGGAGUGGGAUCUCCAUAUCUGGUUUCUGUGGAUUCUAAUGCAGGUGACUGUUGGAGGCUGUAUUACGGAGGUGUUGGAGAUGGAGGAAGAGGAGGAAUAGGAAUGGCACUUUCUGAAGCGAAGGACAUCACAAGUUUUACAAGGUGGUCAGGCUUUCAAGUAUAGAAUCCGUUUUCAUGGCUUGCCCUGUUACUACAUUCUUAUGAUUUCACAUUUUAGCUAAACCUGGACAUGUUAUAGUGAAUCUGGGAUAAAACACUCGGAAAAACUAUUUCUUAGGAAGUCAGUAAUACUCAGUUGUAGAGAUUGUGUACUUUUUUGUUUUUAGUCAUAGAAUCUGAUAGCAGGCACAGGAAAUUGUAUCUCUUCCAUUUAAAUCUGACUGCAGAAUGAAACACUUGUCUUGUUCCAUAUUGCUUAUUUGGUUGCUGUGAACUGCAACUUUUCUGACAUAAAAGAAUAGUCUUUCUGAUUCAAACAUGUAAUAUUUUCUGCUGGGGCAAAUGAAAGAAAAAAGUAAUAUUUUCUCCUUC